AGCACGUUUGUCACCUUUUUCUCCACCAAAAAAUUAAGCAAAGAGCUAGAGAUGGCAAUUGAAGAUGAAGUGAUGAGUGAAGUCACUGCUCCCCCCCGUCGUGUUCUUCUCAUAUCAGCUGGUGCAAGCCACUCUGUGGCCCUUCUAACUGGGAAUGUUGUUUGCUCGUGGGGACGAGGAGAGGAUGGACAAUUAGGCCAUGGUGAUACUGAAGAUCGACUAUUACCUACAAAACUGAAUGCAUUGGAUGGGCAAGACAUAAUAUGUGUCACUUGUGGAGCUGAUCACACAAUGGCACGUUCUGAGUCUGGCAAGGAUGUAUAUAGUUGGGGAUGGGGUGACUUUGGAAGGUUGGGUCAUGGUGAUAGUAGUGACAUGCUCAUUCCUCAUCCCAUUAAAGCAUUGCAGGGUCUAUGGAUACAGCAAAUUGCUUGUGGGGACAGUCACUGUUUGGCAGUAACCAUGGAUAGCGAGGUGCUGAGUUGGGGGCGCAAUCAAAAUGGUGAACUUGGACUUGGUACCACGGGGGACUCUCUCUUGCCACAAAAAAUUCAAGCAUUUGAGGGAAUACCUAUCAAAAUGGUAGCUGCUGGUGCCGAACAUAGUGUAGCAAUAACUGAAGAUGGGGAUUUGUAUGGAUGGGGAUGGGGGCGAUAUGGAAACUUGGGAUUGGGAGACAGAAAUGAUCGCCUACUCCCUGAGAAAGUGAUUGUUGAUGGUGACAAGAUAGCCAUGGUUGCUUGUGGCUGGCGGCAUACAAUAGCUGCUUCAUAUUCUGGGGGAUUAUACACGAAUGGAUGGGGCAAAUAUGGCCAGCUAGGACAUGGAGAUUUUGAGGACCACCUUGUGCCUCGCAAGGUUCAAGCCUUGAGUGAUAAAUUCAUUUCUCAGAUAUCGGGUGGGUGGAGACAUAGUAUGGCACUCACGUCUAGUGGACAACUUUUGGGCUGGGGUUGGAAUAAGUUUGGACAGAUUGGAGUUGGUAACAACUCUGAUUGUUCCUCUCCCGUGCAAUUGAACUUUCCCCGUGAUCAGAAAAUAGUUAAGAUGUCAUGUGGGUGGAGACACACGCUUGCUGUUACUGAACGCGAGAAUGUAUAUUCUUGGGGAAGAGGCGCAAAUGGACAACUUGGGCAUGGAGAAACCAUAGACCGGAAUCUUCCAACAGUUAUUGAGGCCUUCAGUGUGGAUGGGUCUAGUGGGCAGCACAUAGAAUCCUCCAAAGCUUACCCAUCAUCAGGGAAGUCCUCGUCUUCCAUAUCAGAUAGAUAUGCAAUUGUUCCUGAUGAAACUGUUUCUGGAUCACAAGGUCCGACUUCAGACAUGGGAAUUAAAUGUGAUACAAGUGUCCCAGAAAGUGAUGUCAAUUGAUAGUUAGUAGCCCAAUAUAAUGGGUUCAAGAGAAUGAUGUAACAAAUCAUGGAGAACAAGGAGGAUCUGGGGAUAAGGACUAGUUUGUGCAUAACGCAAUAAA